AUGGAUCCACCAACCUCGAUACCCGAAAGAGCACCACAUAACCGGCACCGCGCCAUCCGAGCCAUGUACACAACCAACACCAUCACAGUCUACCAAGCCUACUCCCCCGAAAUCGCCGAACCAGCACUGCAAGCACAAACGUUCGUGGCGCUCUUCAAUCGCAACCGUAUGACAUGGAUCAAGCCCUCGUUUCUCUGGAUGGCAUACCGAUCCGGGUGGGCGAGCAAGCCGCAACAGGAGCGGGUUCUAGCGAUCGAAAUCACCAUCAAGGGCUUUGAAUGGGCGCUGCGCCAUGCGUGUCUGAGCCACGAUGAUAACAACAAAAACAACAGCCAGGACAAGCAGGGCUGGCAGCAGAGGUUGCGGUCAUCUCCUGUUCGUGUUCAGUGGGAUCCUGGACGUGACUUGCUGAUGCGGCCUUUGGGGACUCGCGCUAUUCAGAUUGGGUUGAGUGGGGAGGCGACCAUGAAGACGGCGGCGAAGUAUGUUGAAGAAGGUGAUUUGAUUGCUGCUGAGGAGUGUUUACCGGAGGAGCGGGUAUAUGAACUAUCUCCGGAGUUGCGGGAGAUAUUACAGGCCAUGUGA